AUGAAGGAUGGGGCUGAUACGAAAUGGAUUUCGGGAGAUGGUGAAGGGAAAGAUGAAAUUCACACUAUUGUCUUGAAGAAACCAGUGGAGGAGGUCACAUACUCUGUUUUGGUUGAGCGUAUUUGCAGGAAGAUAAAGGUGGAUGAAUAUAAGAUGAUAGUGAAGAUUAGUUACUUUCCAAUGGUAAUGUAUUCGAAUAAGCCAUCAUAUAUCUGUGAUGAUGAAGAAGUUUUUGCUUAUCUAAUGCAAGUAAAUCAAGAGAAUUGUAGAAGUGUUCUACAUGUGGAGCUCAGCCAAACAGAUGAUCACACUGAUUUCUAUGGCGGUCUAUCGGAUAGAGAGACUACUGAAAGAGAAGCUACUGAUAGAGAGGUUACUGAUAGAGAUGUUACUGAUAGAGAGGCUAUUGAUACAGAAGCUAUUGAUACAGAGGCUACUGAUACAGAGGCGAUUGAUACAGAGGUUGUUGAUGAGGAUGGUACUGAGAUGGGUGCAACUGAUAAUGAGGGUACUGGUGGUAUGCUCACUUUAUACGAAAACACUGAGAUGCAUGAGAAUGUCACCGAAAGAGAAGCAGGACCAUCAGUUGAAGUCUCACAAGUUGUAUAUAAGGAGCGUGAUGAUGGUAUGGAUUUGGUUAUAGGUCAAGAAUUUAGAACCAAGGAGGAAGCGCAAACUCAUAUUCAGAAGGCUUCACAUCUGAAGUGUUUUGAGUAUGAGGUAAUUAAGUCGGAUAGUAAGAGAUAUGUGAUAAAAUGCCGAGGAGAAAAAGAAGGCUGCAAGUGGCGUGUGCGUGUUGCAAAGUUAACGAAUUCAGAUCGUUGGACUGUUAGAACUUACAUUAAGCAGCAUAGAUGUUCUGUUGUUACCACAAGAACACUGUGA